AUAGAAGAUAAAAAAGAAAUUAUUAUAUCUGAAACAAUUAAUAUUGAAGAUAAAAAACAAUCAAACAAAACAAAAAUUAUUUUAUCUGAUGAAUAUACUAUCGAAAUAAUUAAUAUUGAAAAUAUUAAUAUUCCUUUAAAAGUUAAAAAAAACAAUAAAAAACAAGAACUUCAACAAUUAAUUGAUGAUGGUAUUAUUGAAUUCAAUUAUAAUAUUGAUUGUAAUAGUUUUACUAAAGAUGUAGAAGAACAUGAAAAUGUAAUUAAUAGUUGGUUAUCUACUUAUGGUAGAAUUACUGGUUUAAAGAAAAAAAUUAAAAAUAUGCAUACUUCUUCAAAACAAAAACUUUUUAAAAAAAGUGUUAGUAUUACAGAUAUGAGUUCACGUAAAUUUAAAGUAGUUCUUUUGUGUUUUGAUAAACCAAAUAAAGAUAAUAAAAGAUCAUAUGGUGAAUUAAUCGUAAUACUUUAUCUUAAAUCAAAUGAUGCAGAAGCAAAGAAAAAAAUUAUGGCUAAUACUGAAGAAUUAACUGGAUUAAUUCUUGCUCGUGGUAAUAAUACUUAUACUAUUAAAUAA